AUGUCCAAUUCAUUCUCGUUCCAGAGGCAAAAUCCUGGGUCACCCUUACAACAGCAUACGCCAAUUUACAAUAGUAACGCCGGCGGCCAUUCUAAUAGUAUCAGUAAUCAAUCAAAUAAUCCACACCCACAGACACCAGGCCAUCAUGUUCCAUCCAGAAAGCCAUCAAUUGUGGAGAUGUUAAGUUCUCCGCCACCGCUUCCUAAUACUCCAGACCAGGAGGACAUCCAUUCGUUUAGUUUGAGCAGAAAUACUUCUGUGAGUUCGAGGGCGUCGUCAAUAUAUGGUAAUGUGAACGGAGGAAUAUCCAAGGGGUCAAUUGGGGGUAUAGACUGGGCAGAAAUUCCGUUAGUGGAGUUGACAGAGUCGAAUAAGUUAAUUUCGAUCAACUCGGGGUUUUCGGUGCAGAAGGCGUUUGAAACGUUGGUGGAGCAUAAAUUGACCAGUGUGCCAGUGUCGUUAUCAAAGACGGACUCCACUGACCUUACUAACUGUUUGACGUUCGAUUACAGCGAUUUGAACACCUAUCUUUUGUUAAUCAUGAACAAAGUCAAUGUGAAUGACUUGUCGAUCCAUGACAUUGGUGACCCUGAAUUAUCGCAGGAGGAGAGACAAGAAAUGAUUGCAAAAACCAUAAGUAAGGCCAAGAGGGGUGAAGAGGUUCCAGUGGACUUUAUUGUCAAGUUACAUCCAAAGAAUCCAUUUGUUAAAUUCAGCGAACAAGACACCUUAUACAAGGCGAUGGAAUCUUUAGGUAAUGGUGUACACAGAGUUGCUAUAACUAAUAUGACUGGAACCAAGAUUACCGGUAUUUUAUCGCAGAGAAGAUUGAUUAAAUACAUGUGGGAAAAUGCCCGGAGAUUUCCCUCAUUGGAUUUCUAUAUAAAUUCAACCUUGCAAGACUUGAAAAUUGGAUCAAAUAAUCCAAUUACGAUCUAUGAAGAUCAACUAUUGAUUGAAGCGUUAUUGAAGAUGUUCACAGAGAGAGUUACGUCGUUAGCAGUGGUUGAUAGGACCAUGACAUUAAUCGGAAACAUUUCAAUUGUCGAUGUGAAGAACGUUACCAGCUCUAAAAAUUCACACUUAUUAUUCAAAUCAGUGUUGGGAUUCAUUGGUUACAAUUUGACUCAAAAAGGUAUUGAAGAGGGUCAAGAUCAAUUCCCUAUUUUCCAUGUUAACAAUCAGUCAUCUUUAGGUAGGGUCAUUGCAAAGUUAGUCGCCACCAAAUCUCAUAGAUUAUGGAUCGUUGAGAACAGAAGCUCGGUUCACCAUGGGUCCGUGAGUUCGAACUCAAGUUCUAAUUCCAACUCCAAUUCAAAAUCUGUCACCCAAUCACCGAAGGCAUCGCCAUCUACAAUCGAGAGUACAUUAAAUCAACUGGUUUCUACACCUGGUAAUGUACAGAGUAUUCCUCCAGGUGGUGAGACAGGUGGAAUGCCAGGUAAGUUGGUAGGUGUUGUGACAUUGACUGACAUCUUGGGUUUGUUUGCAUCAUCAAAAUCCAACAAGAAGAUCGACCCCCAAUUUGCUCGUAACCAAAGAAGAAGAUCGUCUACCUCAACUACCAGAUCGAGUUUUGAAAGCUCGAGUGCCGGCCAGGAUCUUUUCAGAAAAUCAUACACCACAAAUGCUCCUGCAAAGACCGAAGGCAAACGCUAA